AUGGCCAAACACCACCGGCGUAAUGCCUGCUCCUCCCCUCCAGCCAACUUCCGGCGAACACGCCGAAGCAGACGGCCAAAACCCACCGGAAAAACAACCCAACAAACCCACAAACCAAAAUCAACCAAUUCAACAUCCAAUAAAAAAACACCCAGUCAGCAGGGUAUCAAAAAAACACCCAAUCGAAUUUAAAAAAAAAAACCUAUCAGAGAGAAUCCAACAUCCAAUAAAAAAAACACCCAAUCAACGAAUCACUUGGAUUAAUCCAUGAAAUUGAAAUCAAAAUCGAGAAUCUUGAAUUGGAGAACCGCCUCUACCACUGUGUUCCGUCGACACCGUGCGCGCCCAGAACUCGAAAACGGAUUCGCGCUGCUGGCCUGGAAUACCGAUGCACCGAUCGGACAUCGGGAUGAGAAACAUGGUGAUGCUGCAACCAUCGCAGUAUUCAAAGGUGGGCUUUGUCCAGAAUCAUGAUCAAUUAGGGCAUCGCCGAACCAAAUCCCAGGAAAGUUUGCCCCUAGAACUACCACCCGAGCAAAGACAUUUGUUCCAGGCGUUGACCUCUAAAAAAAGAAAACUGUUCCAGGAGCUGAAUUUGGAUGAUAUCAAUGAUUCAUCCACCAAAAAGAGAAAAGUACUCCGCGAGCUGAAUGUGGAAGCACAGGGGUGGACUGUUUUUAGGAUGCUGGUUCCUGCAAAGGAUGAUGGUGUCAUUAAAGGUUUCAAUAGUCUCUUGAAGCCACGUUUUGAGAAGAACAAUGUUGAGGUUGAUUUCCAGUUUGUAGCUGGAGUUGGAAUUGCUAUGGUCUCGGCGAAAAAUGACUCUAGGCACUCCACUACUCAUGCUAUUGAUGUUUUUGACGAGGUUCACAAAUAUUUUUUGAGCACCAUGCCUUGUCAGGAGUGUUGCUUAACAAGACUGCUUGUACCGGCUGCAAACGCAAAAAAGUUGAUUAUUUUCGACACUUUGAAGUCCUAUCCAUGCAAUAUUAAUAUCUAUCUAACUGAUAACAUGUCAGUUUUUUCCCCUGGUGGUGUGAUUGUUGAUAUUGAAGGGGAGAGCGAGGAUGUACGUGAGGCAGCUCUGUUAAUUCUUUCUGAUCUGAGAGAGUUUGGAAUUGAUGAGAAAAUGUUGUUGGAGUUUAAAGCUGGAGAUGGUAUUCGUCCGUCAUCUUACGAAAUAUCUUCUUUUGGAUUUGCAUAUCUAGGGCUGAGGGCUCCUAGAAGGCGUGAGAUUAUACACUCAAGACGAAUUCCCUUGUUGUAUAUCGACUAUAUCAUGGGUAAAGACGGUGCAAAUCUUGACAACAUAUUUAAAUCAAGUCCAACCUCCGUUAUCUUGAAAAAGUUCAGUCUUAAGGAGGUGCUCAUUUAUAUUGUGGGCGAAUCAGUCACUGAGGUUAAGGCUGCUGAGAAGGUGAUGGAGGCAAUGGGUCUGAAGUCCAGUGGGGAUUUAGGGUUCUCUUUCUUGGUCUGAAGACCAUUUUUGAGAUGGUCUUGUAAAUAACUGCAGUAUUUCCCUUUCAUCUUGAAUACUUGUGAUAUGUUUUUGUAUUCUCUUCUUUUUUUUAAAUCAUGCAUGGAAAAAUCUGAUAUUUUGGUCACCCUCUGUCACCCACUUGUGUUUAAUCUGUUGUUUGUUAAGGAGGAACAGAGGUUUGGAACAAGGAAAUUCUCUAUGGACAUUUCUUUCCUUCAAGAAAUCCUCCUCAGUUUCGACAAAGACUUAUUUGUGUAUUUAUAUAUUAAUUUAUUUGCAGGAUUUGAUUCCAGACAAAAAGAAAGGUGGGCUGCCUGUUUUUCAGCUCAUGCUUUCCAUGGACGUAGGCUUAGGUGGUGAGUUUUAUUAACAUAGUAUUUACUUUGUGGGCAUAAAACUAGUGUGUGUGG